GCUCAUGGUUCGAGUCCCGUGGGGCGUUCGAGAGACCGAACCGGUCUUGUUGCAGCCCCGUCAGGCCGCCUCAUGGUGGCCAGACUGUACGUCACUCCUGGCGACAGCCUCUUGACAACCGGCCUCCUCUUCCCCAGUCAAGGGACGUCGAGUCCGACCCCCGCCGAUUUCGCCCACCAGUCCGCGUCUCGUCACUACGCGACGAGCUGGAUCGCUUCGCUCCGCUCUGCUCUGCGCCCCACCUUUACCCACCGUCACGCAGUCUCACCGGUCCCACGACCCCGGGCAAUUGAGGCCUGCAGGCGACGGGAGAAGCAGAUGAACAACUGCAUGCCUCCUGCGGGUGCUCGGCCUCCUCCGCUCCACCGACUCCCAUUCGCGCAGACCACCUCCUGCUCUGGCCGCCGACUCUUCUCUCCUUCGGGCGAAAGGAGACAAUCGUACCUUGCGCCAUGUGGUGGCCUUAAUUACGUUUACGACUUGGCCGUUUGGGAGGGUGUGAAAGAGCUUUUGAGUGUCUCGCAGCAAAGAUAUCGCCGACAAGACGAGGACAAAGAGGCUGAGCCAUUAAUCAGUGAGCUGGUACCGGUUUUGGCCGACGCGUGA